CCCCAGUUCAAGCUAGAGCUCCCUCGGCCUCCGCAUCGUCAUUUCUCCUCCUCUCACUCCCUGCUCGUCCUCUUCCUCCGCAUGUUAAUUCAAUCUUCAACAUAUCUGUACAGCCUGCGCCGCAUAUUUGCAUUGCAAUUUGAACAUUAUAUCCAAAUAAGCUGCCCGCCUUCUUUCGUGUAGAUUAGUUCUUUCCUGGCUGAAUUGACCUCAUUUAUCCAUCAAUCGAAACCCCGUUAUCCCCAUUACCAGCAGCACCAUGUCGGACAAGGCGUCGGAACGGCUUCAGGCUCUGGGCAAGCAGCUCGAUGCUCCUCCUCCUGUCAAGAUUGCCGGGCCGUCUGCGGCGCCUCGGGUACCUGGCAAGGUCGUGAUCAUUACAGGCGCAAACUCUCUCAUGGGCAUCGGUCGCGCGUCAGCACAUCAAUUCGCCGAGAACGGCGCCCGCGCCAUCUACAUUUGCGAUUACGCAGACGACAACCUCGCCUCGCACAAGAAGGAGCUCAAUAAGCUGUACCCCAAGGUCGAGGUCCACACCCGCCAGUUCGACGCCGCCGAGGAGAGCGCCGUGAAGGAGGUCGUUGCCCACGCCAUGAGGACGUACGGCAGGCUGGACAUCUUCUUCGCUAAUGCCGGUAUUACCGGUCCUCAUAACCUGUUUACCGACAUCUCGUCGGAUGACUUUAUGCAGAACCUGCGGACGAAUACGUUGAGCGUCUUCCUCGCCGCCAAGCACUCCGCCCCCGCCAUGCGCAAGACCUCGGCCGACAAGCCCAACCCCGGCGGGAGCGUCAUCCUCACCGCAUCCGUAGCCGGCAUCCGCUCCAACGCCGGCACGACGCCGUACUCGGCGGCCAAGGCGGCCGUCAUCUCCGUCGCGCAGACGUGCGCGUACCAGGCGGCCGGCACGAACGUCCGCGUCAACGCCAUCUGCCCGGGCCUCAUCGAGACGGGCAUGACGUCGCAGAUGUGGGACCAGGCGCGCGCCCGCGGCACGACGGGUCGGAUCGGGCAGAUCAACCCGAUGAAGCGCGGCGGGCACGCCGACGAGAUUGCGCGGGUGGCGCUGUUCUUGGGGAGCGACGAGAGCAGCUACGUCAACGGGCAGGCGUGGGCUGUCGAUGGCGGGUUGAGCGCGGGACAUCCGUACGUAGUUGGGAAGCUUGCGUGAUGUGUGAGUGAGUGAGAGAGAGAGAGAGAAAGACAGAGAGGGAGAGCGGCGUUGGCCGAACUGCGUAGUGGUCAACAAAAUUCUUUUGUGUCUUUUGCCAAGUUUUUUUCUUC